AGCGGAGGUGUGGUCCGAGCCAGCAAAAGCAACGGUCAAAGGCGGCGGCGUCCAGAAGCGGCCGCGCGGUCCCAGCGCGCUUCCGAGAAGCUGUGGUGGCUUCCAUGUGAUGGGGGAGCAGGAGGCAGGUUUCGCAGUUCAUCUGGGUUGCUCCACAUGACACUGUUUCAUCAUUUUGGUGGCCAAAGAAUAUUCUCUAGUGUAUGCAUAUGAGAGUAUGAUCCCUUUAUCUGUGGAUGGACAGGAGUUGAAGAUGUUUCCAGUCUGCAUGCCUGAGAUCGUGUGGAAUGGGACUUUGUCUACCAGGCUCAUUCGUUGGACCUGAUGUUCUCCAGGUUUCUUCAUGUGGCUGCAGAUGGCAGGAUUUCCCAGAGCUUUAUGGCUGGAACAUAAUCCAUGGUGUAUCUGUACAGCAGUUUCUUCAACCCUGCAGCUGUGUGUGGACAGGUCAUAUACCAUGAUGUCCUCCAGGUUCAACAGUGUGGCUCCAAAUGAUGAAAUUUCAUUCUGGUUUUCUGGCUGAAGACGAUUCUAUUUGUGUACAUCCACCAAGUAUGCCUUCAUCUAUGGAUGGGCAGGUUUUUCAAUGUGGCUGCAAGUGAAGAGAUUUCACCCAUUUCUAUGAUUGAAGAAUAUUCUGCUCUGGAUGUAUAUUGCAGUUUCCUCAUCCCUUCAUCAAUGGAUGAACAGGUGAUGAAGGCAUUUAUUGUCCUGACCCCACAGUUUCUGUCCCAUGACAAGGACCAGCUAAUCAAGGAGCUGCAGCAGCAUGUAACGUCAGUGACAGCCCCAUACAAGUAUCUGAGGAAGCAUCAUUUCAGGAUGAGUAUUUCAUGUCAAGUGGAUUCAAGGAACAGUGCGAAGGAUCCAUGGCCUCAGUCACCAUGAAGACCCUCCCAAGAGCCAGCCCUACUGGGCACAUAUAAAUGAGUGGAGACAUAGAACUCACCCUUACAAGGCCUAGAACCUGACAGAGCACACAAGACAGAAGCCCAAAUAACCAGGAACAGGAAGCUGAAGGUGAGAGAUGGGCCCCAAAGGAUUCUGGGAAAAUGUUUUGUGUUUGUGGAUUUAUCACGCAGAAUGAAACCUUUGUUUUUAUUCACAGGUUAGACACACUCUCUAUAUAGAAUCUAUGAAGGGACAUUUCAGAGCCCUUUGAGGCCUAUAGUGAAAAGUGGAAUAUCUCAGGCAGCCCAGGAUGAAUAAUGCAGUCACCAAGAGGGGCAGGGUGGCCACAGGUGGCCAGCAGCAGGGAUGGGCAUUGUGAGCCAUUGGAUGGGGUUGUGGGACAUGGCAUUGUGAGCCACUGGCCUGACUUUGUUGUUUCCUGGUAACGAGGUGACAUAGGAGGCUUUGUGGGUGACAGGCAUCAGCCAGGGCCAGCAGCCUUCAGUCAGAAGCUGGUAGUGGGAAGAGGAGGAGCUCCGACUACCCUCACGGAAGCGUUUGUGCCCUUGCUGCUUGCUCUGUUGCUUUGUU